AAUCGACAAAAUAAAAUUCCGAAAUUUUAUCGAAAACUCUCUUUUAAUGGUCAAUAUAUUAUGAAUGGAUUCUAAAACUUCUUUAGAAUUUACUCAAAAUAGAAGAUGUCUAAAUUGCCAUUUUUCUAGACGUGCAUUUAGACUGUACUUGAAUCACAGCAUGUUACUAAAUACUGUACUUUUAAUACUGAAAAUAAGUAAUUAAUCAAUGAUUUUCAGUGUGAUAUUUUUGUAAGGGAACCUUAAAUUGUAAGAUGCUAACAUUACACGGAAGUUAAUAAACCUGCCAUUAACUUUCUAAUAACAUGAAAAUGUUUGUCUAUAUUCCAAUCAUCCAUAUUCCAUUAAGGGGGGAAGUACAUGUAAAAUCGAAAAAAAAAAUUUUUUUUCAAGUUUGCUUAAAUCGAUAAAUAAACUAUCCAGGAAUAUCCCCAGAAAGUUAUAGAAGCCAAUUCGAGUUAGUUUUAAAGAUAUAAAGCCGAAACUAAGCAAGCGUCGAGCAAGCGUCGAGCAGGUAAACGGCGGCCGGCCAGCGGCGGUUUCUCGCCCCACCUAUUGGCCCUUUGUUCGGAAAUUCCUCGGUGCGUGUCACAUUUCGGAGUUCGUAGUUCAUGUACAGAAGUGUAAAUGUGUGUAUCACGUGUAUAUCACGUGAUUCUGUACUUUUUACAGCUGCAAACGACAACGGUCAGUUCUGCUCCGAUUUUCGGCGCGUGAAUGUCGUAAGCAUCAUGGCGAGUUACCCGAAACGCACAAAAUCUGAAUCAGAACGAACUGCGCGGCCGAGGAAACGAACAUUUCACGGAAAUCAGUAUUUAUUUGAUACAGAAGAUGGCCAAGAUUCGAAUACAAGUGCUAGCAAUAGAAAAUUGGCGGAUAGGAGUAUCGAAGAUGUCAUUCUUAGCCCGCUGCACUUUUAUCGAAUAAUCGAAUUCUUAACGGUUUUUGGUGCGCUUUCCGAUAUAUUAUGUUGCAAAUCCUGCAAACAAAAAGUGACUUUUGAAGAGAGUGGACACCGAGGCUUAGGCUUUAACAUUGUAGUGACGUGUGCGUGCGGUCAUAGAGAAAUACAAUCGGGUCCGUUUAUAAAAAAUUCGUACGAAGUAAACAGACGAAUUGUGUUCGUUAUGAGGCUUCUUGGCAUUGGACACGAAGGCCUCAACAUAUUUUGUGGACUUAUGGAUAUGUGCCAAGGACUUACAGCAUCAGCGUACAAUAAUAUAGUGCAACAUUUGCACACGGCAUCGGCAACUAUGUUUCAAGAAAUAACGAAGAAAUCUGUCGAAGAAGAGCGGAAGAAGAAUGAAGAAAAAGGAAGAAACGAAACUCAUUUAAAAGUGUCCGGCGAUGGCUCGUGGAAGAAACGAGGUUUUACUUCACUUUUCGGACUGACAACGCUCAUCGGAUACUAUACUGGUUCGGCCGGAAAGAUGGAAGUUGAUUCAAUUACUGAAAUGUUUGUACGAUCUGAAGAAAAGCACGGCGUAAAGUACGUCAAUUACAUUGGCGAUGGAGACUCGAAAACGUUCGCGGGUAUUCAGAAAAUAAAUCCGUAUGGCGACGAUUGCCCAGUUACAAAAAACGAGUGCGUAGGACAUGUUGAAAAAAGAAUGGGUUCGCAGCUCCGAAAUAUAAAAAAGAAAGAGAAGCUCAGCGGCAAAAAUCGACUGACGGAAGUUCUUAUAAAGAAAUUGACAAUUUUUUACGGCUUGGCUAUACGACGAAAUGUUAAUUCAGUGACAGACAUGAGAAAGGCUAUUUUUGCAACCUUGGAUCAUUACUGUUCAAGCGACGAAUCUCCAAGGCACGAUAAUUGUCCACCAGGCGCCGACAGUUGGUGCAAAUGGCGUCAAGCUGAAGCAAGAAAUGAAUUGUCAACGUAUCAGCAUGAAGCUCGAGUUAUUGACAACAAGAUUGAAAAGCACAUCCGGCCAAUCUACGAAAAACUUUCCACUGAAGAUCUUUUAACGCGUUGUUUAGGCGGACAUACACAAAAUUCAAACGAGUCGUUCAAUACGACUAUGUGGCGCUUGAAUCCGAAACAUCUUCACUCGGGGAAGAAAAUCGUGGAAUUGUCGGCCUACAUCGCUGCUGGAAUGUUUAAUGAAGGCUAUUCAUCCGUCUUAAUGAUUAUGCAAUUGCUGGGUUUGAAGAUUGGCCAGCAAUGCAAAAUGUUCGCAGACAAUGUCGAUAACCGUCGAAUCGCAAGGCAAGAUAAACGGCACUCGCUCAACAGCAAGGAGGCCAGAACAGCACGCAGAAUGGAGAAAAUGCAUGCGAACGAGUUGUACGAAGAAGAGGAAGGACUUAUGUAUGGUGCAGGAAUAGCCGAUUAGUCGAUAAUUGCUGUAAGUAGCCAAUAACUCAUAGUAUUCACAUCGAAAACUUUAAACUGCUUUUUCUCGAGUUUUCAUUUUUGCGCUUUUUUCAAAUUGGCGGGCAGGAUUAAAAAAAAAGUAUAUAAUCUAUCGAAACUAGACAAAGCGCAUUUUCUUUAGUAUUACAUUCUCUUCUAAGUGAACCUAUUUGUUGGUAAAAAAAGUCAUUUUUACUAUUUUUUACAGCAAGUUGAAAACAAAAAUUGUUUACGUAAAUUCACACUUUUUCGUUUAAAACUGUAUAAAAAUUUUUUUUCGCGAUUUCUUCCGGGUUUUUGAGGUUCACACAGAAGAUAAACUUAUAAAAUUAACAAAUCGUUUGGAUUUUUGAUUUUAGAUAAAAAUUACGAGCUCCAUCGUGCCCGCCAACUGGACACUCCGUCUUCGAGGCGCUGUCAUCCGUGUCUUAUAAAUCCGCCAUUUUGGAAUAUUUUUUUACGAAAAAAUUUGUGUGACAUCUUCGAUGAUAGUUUUAAAUAUAUGCCAAGUUUCACGAAGAUUGCUUAUUUCAUUCUCUCAAAAAAAAAUCGCAAAAAACGGCUCGUUUUUAACAAUUUACUUGUACUUCCCUCCUUAACAUUACAGAAACGUUCCUUGUACGGAACGUUACAUUAAGGUUAAUAUAAUAUACCUAGAACCUCUCAAUAUUUUUAAUAAAAAAUAUAUCUUGCAGAAACAAUUGCAACUAGUCUUUAUGUUGAUUUUAAAUGAAAUUUAGCACUUUUAUUUGAUUUCUCACUAUUUUCACACUUAAAAUUUACUCAGUACUGGUCGGACGCGAACUCAAGACCUCAAGACAACCUCCAGAUUCACCUUGGCUACUAUGCUAUUUCUUCAAUUUGUAUUAAGUGUUUUUUAUUAUCCCCAUAUCCAGAUAGCAAACAGAUUUCGAGCAGAACUUGCUACCAAUUUUUGAUGGCAAAUAGAUAACAAAUUUGAUGCAAGAUUUGUUAUAUCAAAUCUUGCUGCCAAACUGUCGCCAGAUAUGCUACAGAGCCUGUUGUCGGGUAAUUGCUGCAGAUUUGCAGCAAAAAUCGUAUAGAGUUUGUAGUAAUCUGACGGCAGAUUGGCGGCAGAAACCGCGCAGACCUUGUUGCGCUGCAGGCUCUGCGCGGUUUUUGCUACAAAUUUGCAGCAAUUGCCCGACAACAAGCUCUGUCGCCAAACUGUAGCUAAAUGGCUAUGGUUUUGGUGUAAAUUUUUUAUCAUAUUUGUUGCCGAUUUGCGCGCAAUCUGCUCUCAAUUUGCUUACUGGAUAGCCGAAGCAGUAAUUAUAAUGUUCUUAUAAUAUUAUUUAGUACAACUAUAAAAAUAAACUAUUUAGUUCAAAUAUUUCAUAUAAUAAAAAGGAAGUCAGAGAUAUAUGCAUAAAAUAUUUAUUUAAAAUAUGUUUAUCUAGGUAUUGACAUUACAAAUGCUUUAGAGUAUUGACUGAAAGAUGAGUAUUGGUCUUUACGAUUUUUCAAAGUAUUUGAAGCGUGUAAUGAAUACUACCUGGGGUUAAUUUUAUAAAUAAUAUUUUAAUUUAAUUUAGUUAUAUUUAUUUUCGUAACAAAAAAAUUCUAUAUAUGAACAAAAUUUGUAUUGACAAUUAAGUGAUUAUUAAUAAACUAUGUUCCU